AUGACUAUCCUGUGGAACUUGGCGAUGUUGAUUAUAGGCUUAGUGGUCAUAAAGAUCAGCCACUGGCUUUAUCGAUGGUCAAACCCUAAGUGCAAUGGCAUUGGCAAGUUACCACCAGGAACAAUGGGUUUUCCAAUCAUCGGAGAGACAAUUGACUUCUUUAAGCCUUCUGGAUUCAACGAUAUCCCAUCCUUUGUGAAGAAGAGGAUGUUAAGGUACGGGCCAUUGUUCCGGACGAACAUUCUCGGUUCCAAAACAGUGAUCUCAACGGACCCAGAUGUGAACUUACAGAUUUUUCGGCAAGAGAACACGUGUUUCGAACCAGGCUAUCCGGACAUAUUUUUCAAGGUAUUUGGAAAAGAUAAUCUGUUCAUGAAGGAAGUGACAUUCCACAAAUACCUCCAGAAAAUCACUACGGAACUUAUUGGCUCAGAGGGUUUGAAGAGAACGAUGAUAGGAGUCAUGGACAGAGCGAUCCGUGACCAUUUUCUAUUGAAGGCUAGCCAGGGGAGCUUCGAUGUUAGGAAAGAAGUUGACAACUUGGUAUUAGCAUACAUGACACCAAAGUUGAUAAGUAACCUCAAACCAGAGACUCAAUCAAAACUUGUGGAUAAUUUAAAUGACAUCACUCUUCAUUGGUUUCAGUCCAUUUUUAGCCUCUCUACUUGGAAAUUUCUCAUCAAAUUCUUGAAGUCACGCGGAGAAGCCAUCCAGGUGAUGAAAGACGCUCUCAAGAGGAGGAAAGAAUCGAGGGAGAAGCAAGGAGACUUCCUCAACACAAUGCUUGAAGAACUAGAGAAAGAAGACAGUAUUUUUGACCAAGGAUCGGCUAUAGAACUCAUUUUCCUUCUUUCGUUCGUCACGAGAGAAGGUACCUCUGGUUGUACUGCUUUGGCCGUGAAAUUCAUAUCCAAAAAUCCCAAAGUGCUUGCAGAGCUCAAGCGUGAGCAUAAGGCAAUCGUAGAGAACAGAAAAGAUAAGGAAGCUGGAGUUAGCUGGGAGGAAUAUAGACACAAUAUGACUUUCACCAACAUGGUUAUCAAUGAGUCGCUUCGAUUGACAAACACAACCCCUUUACUGUUUAGAAAGGCUGUGAGCGAUGUUGAGAUCAAAGGCAAGUACUACUACAAAGUCAUAUAUAUAUAUAUAAAAGGAAAGUGGUUACGUUAUACAAUUCCGGCAGGUUGGAUUGUGGCGGUUGCUCCAGCAGCGGUUCAUUAUGAUCCUGAAAUAUAUGAGAACCCAUUUGAGUUUAACCCAUGGAGAUGGAAGGGGAAAGAAAUGGUUUGGGGCUCGAAAACAUUUAUGGCGUUUGGAGGUGGAGUGAGACUGUGUGUAGGUGCAGAGUUUGCACGGCUUCAGAUGGCAAUCUUCAUUCAUCAUCUUGUCACCUACUACGAUUUCUCAUUGGUCCAAGACUGCGAGGUCACUCGUACACCAUUUCUUCAAUUCACCAAGGGUCUUCUCAUAAACAUCUCCAAGUCUUGCACCAAGUGA